CCCUUGCGAACGCUCGAAGAGCAAUAUGCCGUCAACAGAGAAGCGCGACGGGCAGCCGGCGAUGGGUGGAUUCAUGUCACGCUUCGCUUCUCCCGCCGCACUCGUCGUGGGGCUCCUCAUCUCCAUUCCUCUCGUCGUCCUCACCCUCCAUGCCACCACCUACGGGCUCAUCUCACUCCUGACGGCCGAGGACCUCCCCGACCACCGGGACCUCAGCCUGGCCUACGCCAAUGAGACGGUUGAGCUGACCGAGGAGGAGCAUGCAGACCUUCGUCGGCUGCAGCAGGAUCCUGACAUCCAGUACAUCAAGAAGCUGUACAAUAAUCCCAUCUCUGAGGGCACCACGUCCUUCUACUGGAACCUCACCGACAGUAUAAGGAUGGGGUACAUGGCUGCUUGGGAUGACUCCAUGGAUGAGCUCAUGGAAGGAUGCAUUGUCUUUGCUUGCUGUCUGUCUGUCUGUCUGUGAUGUCAGAUCUGCGUGGUUUGUGUCACCUGUGGCCGAGCCCGCCGGUGGGAAAGAACAACAUCUACCGCACAGCCGCCCUGCCCAACCACAAUUUGCGAAACGGACGGGGAUGCGGCAUGUGCAUCGAGGUGAGGUGACCGCACAACAGAGCAACAUGCAGACGGAUAAUAAUGCCUGUCUGCCUGCCUGACUUGUGUCGUGUUGUUCACACACACGCAGGUCAUUUCUAAUGGUGGUGGCGGUGGCCACACGAUGAGUCACCGGCUGCCAGUGGGCCAGCGGCUGUAUGGCUACGUCAACAACGCAUGUGGCACAUGCGAGCCGGACCAGAUAGAUAUGGAAGACGAGAAACGCGCCGGCAGGUGGCAGGUGCGAUGCAUACAUAUACACAUACACAUACACACACACGGAUGGCUGUCGGAUGAUUGGUCUAUGUCUGCAGUCGACGUGGCGGGCGGUGGACUGCUUCACCCGCGGCACCCCAGUAGAAUUCACAACCGAGCCAAACAGCGGCAAAAACUUCCUCGGGGUACCGACACAAGAAAAAAGCAGCCGUGUUUGUGCGGCACCUGGUUGUGUAUGCAUCUUUUUACACCAGGUCCAGCCGCGCAACGCUCCGAUCCCGUUCAUCAAGGUGGAGUACUUCCACCCCUUCAACAAGAAGUGGUACAACAUGAAGUUCCAACCCAAGAGAAACUAUUGGACGGUACAUCACCUUAGUACACAGAUGCACACACAUGCAUCGCAUCCAGCAAGCAGUGUAGGAGGAGGUCCCUGUAGUGUCUGCCUGUGUGGGGUGGGCUUGGUUGAUGAUUGAUUCAGCUGCAGGCAGAUGACCUGAAGCUCAAGUAUCCGAACGACCGCUUCAAGGCGCCGCUUCAAGUGCGACUGACAUCCCUAAAGGUACUUGGGUGGCUGGCUGGCUGAGCACCUUCAGAUAUACACAAAUGGACAAGUGUGUUCCUGGCUGUGUCCAUUGGCAAACAGGGCGAGGUGAAGGUCACGAACAUCAAGCGGUUCGGCAAGGGCAUAUACGACUCCUUCGUCAGCGACCCACCUGUCAGAUUCUCGGUAGGUACUGUACACAUAACAUGUAGCUACCUACCGAAAGGCGCCACACGCAUAGGUGCUGUGUGUGUCUUUCCCCGUGUGCAAUAAAUAAAUGCAGGGCAUCAAGAAGUCAACCGUCAAGAAGGGUCAGUUAGUGAACGCCAGAUGCUCGCGUGACGUAUCUCUCUUUUCCGGCGUGUGCUUUGCCUCACUCAUUAUAGGUAGCUGCGACAUCCCCAAGAACCAGCGCCAGAAGUGCUCACCCUUUGCCAACAUGUGCCAGCCAUGCAAGGUACAUCCAUCAACAGAAAGAUCACACACGGCAAUAGGACGCCCCCGUACCCUUUCGCAUAGAUGGCAUGCUCUUUGGUAUCUCUGUGCAGAUGAACGGCUGCUGCUGGGACCCCCAAGUCGGCCAGGGCAUUCCCAAGUGCUACAAGCGAAGUAACCGACACCCACACACGCUGACACACACGCCAUUCGUUCCAAUUUUAUGUUUUACUGUCUGGCGUCUCACUGAUGGAUGGAUCGAUCAGAGAAUUCUGGUAGUGAGAAGGUGCCGGGGAACCCCAAGUCGUCCAACCCCGAUCUGCGUGAGUGCCUGAUGCGGUUCAACUGCCCCAGCAAAGAGCCCAAGAUAGUGAUCAACAGCCUCAAGCAGACCGAGAAGAGGGUGCCCGUCAAGAACAUCUACCCUGCCAAGCACCCAGACUGGCCGUCCUCUCAAGUACACCACACAGAUGCCCUCAAUCAGGCGAUCGAACACAGCACACACAUGGACUCUCUCCCUGUCCCUCUGUGCAGCUGUUGUACAAGGUGAAGCCUGUGGACGCCAAGAAGCUGCCGUCGACAGUGAAGGUGUUCUUCAACUACGGCGGGCAGCAGGUGGUGGUGCAGUGCUGGGGCAAGGUCAAGCACUGGGCAAAGGUCAAGCUCGAGUUCUCACUCCAGACCACCAAGGGCGACUACUUCCAGAAACGCAAACACGAAGGCGAGCCCACCAUCUGCAACCUCGUCAUCCACUGUCUCCCCUCCUAGCCGCUACGCUCCCCGCGUCAGUGCACCCAGACUGACUCAGCCGGGCAGGGAGGCGGUGGGAGGUCAGGGAUGAUUUGUUGAUGGGAGGGGGUGCUUCUGCGUUUUUCUGUUGUGAGGAUAUGCUGUGCUUGCACAUAUACGAUACGUACACACAUGCACAUUUGGGGGGCUGUGUGUGCGGGGGGACUGUGUGUGGGUACAUGUCUGCCUGCUGUUAUCGAUAGGGGCUUGGCUUGAGUCGGGGGGCGACGUCUGGCUGGAUACACACACACACACACACACACACUCUCUUUCACACGGGGACGAUCAACGAUGUUUUUGCCAGCCAAACAUACACAGGCACAAUCCUGUGUAUGUGGGUAGUUUUGCGGCCGGCCUGUCAGUCUUGUAUAAUUUGCCACCAUGGUGUCUGUGGUUAAUGAGACGGACAGACACACAGGGAGACACAGAGAGAGACAGCUGUUCUGAAUAGCGAGCGGGGAGGGAGACAAGGAUACCGACUAAAUGACACACUUGACCGAUCCUUUUGUCAAUGCACUCUCACGUACAUACGAAUUUGUGUAUGCCUACCUGUGCGUGUACGGAUAUGUACGUGAAUGUUUGGAUGAAAGUAGGUCAGUCAGUCAGUCGCGUGUGUGUAUGCAACCGAUAGGUAGGUAGGUAGGUAGGUAGGUAGACGGCAUGACUAUAACUUGACUGCCUGCCCUCCGCAGAGGCACAUUUGCCGUGUUUGCUUGUCCUCCUUUUGGGCCGCUGCCCACUGCACGUGCAUUGCGUGGGUGUGAACUUGUGUGAGUGCAAAUGAAGGAGUGCAAUGAGUGCUUUUCAGUCAGGCAACUGGCAGCUGAGAAGAUGGGCAUGUACAUAUGUACCUGAAUGAGAUGAGGCAGCACAUAAGAUGCGAGCGUAUCUAAGAGCAAGG